ACUUUAUAAAUUUGUAAAUAAAUAUGUGCCUUGUUUUUUUUGUUUUGCUUUUAAGUUUCCAAAGUCAUGGUACUAGUUAACAUAGAUAUUAGCUUUUGCAGGAGGUCUAGUGCUGGUACAGAAACUCUGAAAAGAAGUUUUGUUAUCAUGCUGUUUUGUGAGGAUGGGCAUAGGAGGUGCCCCUUCUGCUUUCAGAGCACACAAACUGAUUAGGUUCAGGGCAGAAUUAUUUGAAGGGUUUGUCGGGCGAACCGCAGUAUGAGUACACGUAUGCUAUAAAUUGCAGGCAUUUGCUUCUGGGAGGUGUGGUGCUUCUUGCAACUGUUGCAAAGUCUUUUAGCGGAGAUGCAGAAGAUGAAGAAAGGAUAUUUGGUGCAAUGCACCUUUCCCAAUUGUACCAGUUAACUUUAUCUAUGUUCUUAUGGUACUUUAUGGUCCUUUUUGGUGAGUGUUUCUGUUUUUUGUUUUUGUCUGGGAGCUGUUCAGAGUUGCCUGCCUUUCCAACUCCUGGGAAAGCCAGAUUUCUUCCCGCUUUAGGAUUAUGUUACUUGGAAGCCAUCUUUGAGCAGAGCAUGAAAACAAAUAAGAGGGCUGACCACGCGAGUGCAUUGAGGAGUUGAUCUUUGAAUAAGAAAUGCUGCUUCUUUAGUGAGAAGGAGAGAAGGGAAUGGAUAAGGGAAAAACAUUUUAGAUACUCAGAAGUUCUAACAUACCUUUUUUAGGAAUGAAAGGUAGUAAAAUAUGGUGAUUUAGUUGCACAAAGUUGACUUGAACUGGAUUAUUAAAUUUGUAUUUAAAGAUCCUCGGUUUAAAUAAACUUGUUGAAUUGUUCAAUUUGUUAAAAUAUAAAUGCUGGUCUGCAAAAAAAGGCUGUGGAACUUUUUUUUUAAUGGUAGUGUGUCUUUAAGUGAAGAAUAAAACCUCCACUUUAAGUGCGGCAUGUGAUUUCUUCAUAUUGAUUCAGGGUGACCUCUUUUGUCCCUGAGUCUGAAAGUGAUGUAACUGCAAUCUAAAAUACUUGAAGGGGAGGAGAAGGAACUGCUUGCUUUCUCUGUGGCUUGGUUUUACAGCUUUCUCCAAAUCUCUCCCAAAAGAACACGAAAAACUGAAAUCUCAUUAACAAGAGACCCUCUUUCCUUACUGCAGUGAAAGUUGCUGAACUUUAACACUGAGCAGAACCUGAUUUUUAGUUCUGAUGUCCGCUAAAGGUUAACAGGAUGCCAAAAAUAAUUGUGGCACUAAAAUAUGAUUAGAGGCCUGUAGAUAGAAAAAGCCAGUUUUUGUGCGCCUGUACAGAGACAGUGGAAGUGUAAAAGGCUUGGCACAAUUGGCAUGGCAAGUGGAAUAUGCUGUUAAGAUUUCAGAAAGCAUGAUGUUGAUACAGGAUUUAAGCAAGAUUAAUUCGUUCUGCUUUGGUUUUCCAAAAGCCUGAGUGUCCUAAACACAGUGCUUCUACUUGAGUGCAGCACCUGAAUUUGUGAAGCGGGUCUACAGAAGACGGUUGCAAAACUGUUGUAACUUAUUUCAUUAUACUGAGUGGCAAGAUCAGGCAUAUUAUGCCCUUGGGUGAUAGAGACCUGUGUAAGAUUUCUCUGGAGUUCACGAUAUGAAAAUGUUUUUGUCUGUCUUGUCCUUAAAACUCCCUAUAACCUACAGUCAAAAUAUUCAGGGUGGUCAGCUUUACCACUGAUGCCAAUAUUGAAAACUGCCUGGUGUGAAAUUUUAAUCGCUUCGUACAGGCACCGGCAAUAGAAGUCUUUAACAAGCCUGCUGCUGCAGGCUCUGUUUUUAAGAGGCAGCCCUUAAACUGCAGGUUAGGAGCAGUUGUGGAAGAGUUGCAAACUUUCACUUCCCCGUUCUUUUCAAAAUUUGUGAUAAAGGGCUUAUGAGAAUGGAUGGCAUUUCCAGAUGCUGAUAACACGUAAUUUCCAUCUCAUUAUUCCAUUUAACUCCAGGUUGCGCAACGGAGAUACAUCUGACUUCCUGUCUGCUAGAUAGCUCGACAGUCAGCUGUCCUGCGCCCCCUUAGAGUCAGCGUGAUGACUGCUCUUGAGGAAUCCAAAAAAUGACAAUAGAAGAGAAACGAAAAGAUUUGUGCGAAGGCAAAGUACUUAUUUUCCCCUAUUAGUGUAUCCAUCAAGAAAUGAGGGAAGUAGAAGCUGUCUCUACUAUUUAAAACGUAGCUUUCUUCUCUUUGGUCUGUAGUAACAGAAGGGCGUUAAUGACUGUCCAGCUGUCGGAUGUUUCUGUGGGAAAGAGAAAAGGGGAUGUAAUUAGCUGCUCUCAGGGGUGUAAAUUAGAAACUGAGUCUUUACAAAUUAUGUUAUUAAGAGACCAAUUCCCUUAAAAUACAAGUCUCUAUAGUGAAACUAUUUUUAGUUUAUUUCUAGAAACUCAUUACUUCUUCAGAGAGGAAAAAUAAAGAGGAGAUACGGAUUAGAUACAUGUAUUACUUUUAAUAUUAGGAAAUAUGUUUAAUAUUAGGAAUAUUUAAUUGGUUCCCCCCUCAGAGAAAGUCAUAUCUAUUUCCUGUUACUUUACUUAAAAUAACUUGUUUAGAUUAACAGGAAACGUUAAACACUAUCAGAUUAUUUUUGUCAAGAGUUGGUCAUAUAUAAUUCAAUUUGGAACAGAAUUGCUGUCAUUUCCCAUAGUAGACAACUAUCUUUGGUAAUGACGGUUGUACUCCUCGCAUCUGUUUUGCUGAAUAACACAAAGACACCUCUGCAGCGCUUCCCAGCGUGUCGCCUGCAAGAGCUUCCGGGGCGACUGAGCAGGCGGCAAGAGCCAAGGAUCCCCCUUGCUCAAACACAGGAACUUUAGGGACGUUCUGAGUCUUGGGGAGAAACAAGAUUGCUCUGAAAGUUACUGAUGUCGAUUCUUUCAUUUAAAGAGAAAAAAAAAAUACUUUUCAUCUUGCUAAGACUGGAGUGUAUUUCCUGUUUUCCUCGUGUGAUCUCGAGUAAUAGCCAAAUAUACUGGAGGGGAGGCAGGGCCUUCGACCGACUGGGGAACGUUGACCUAAGAGCAAGCGGUGUGCCCUUGUCAUUAAUAGUUUUGGUUUAAAGAUCUUCAGAUUUUCCUGUUAGAGGAAAGAAGUCCUAGGAAAGCCUUCAGUUACAAAAGCUAGAGCAAGAAAUCUGAACAGCUCAGAUGCUCACUCAGCUUAGGCGAAGCUUUCUCUGUUGUGAUCCCAGGAGUAAAAAGGGGUUGGAUUUGGUGGCUAAGACCUGCCUUCCGGUCUAGUGUUGGUGUGUGUCAUUAUUGCAGUCCAAAUGCCAGUGUUCUGAUAUGCAGAUCUUAAGCUUGCCAUUGCAGGUGGUUCUGUGCUGCUGCUAUCCUAAAAUGAACCCAGCAUUUAGAAUUAGAACGAAGUAGUUGAAAUGCCCUUGGGAGCAAGCUGGCAUGCAGGAGAGUCGCUGUCAAGCGAAAAAAGAAAAGAGGGAGAAAGAACAGCUGGAUUGCUGGAAGAAAAGACUCUGCUUGGUGAUGGUGUGGGCGUGAAGAGCCUCUUGGUUGCAGUCCCUAUUGCAGCUGCAUAGGGCUGUCUACAGGUCAAAGCUAUGCAAACGUAUGUGAAUGCUGCCAUUGGCUUUUGGUGCUGUACGAUUAUGUAACGGAGCCCUUCCUCCUCUGGCUUUUAUUUUGUUACUAUGGAAGUCACCAGUAAUUAGAGCAGGUGGCUUGUGUCAAAAAGACAAGCCUGCAAAAGAAAGUCUUUCUAGCAAUCUAGCAUCAAGUUUAUCUCUAACUCUUUUCUUUUCAAACAGGAAGAAAAUGAACCUGAAGUCGGAACGCAGAGGAAUUCAUGUGGAUCAGUCGGAGCUGCUGUGCAAGAAGGGCUGUGGUUACUAUGGCAAUCCUGCCUGGCAGGGUUUUUGCUCCAAGUGCUGGAGAGAGGAAUACCAUAAGGCCAGGCAGAAACAGAUUCAAGAGGACUGGGAGCUGGCAGAGCGGCUUCAACGUGAGGAGGAAGAAGCAUAUGCCAGCAGUCAGAGUACCCAAGGGGCGCAGUCACUGACCUUUUCCAAAUUUGAAGAAAAGAAAACCAAUGAGAAAACACGAAAGGUGACUACUGUGAAGAAGUUCUUCACUGCUUCUUCCAGAACGGGAGCUAAGAAGGUGGCUCAAGAGAAAAUCGUUAAGCAAGGACAGCUUGGGAGGGAGCGAAAUGCUGAUAACAUUCUCAGGGACUUGAAGGAGAUUUUUACUCCCUCCUGGGAACUGGCUUCCCCUACUGAAGAGAUCCAGGAAGCCAAGGCUCCCAGCCCUUCUAUACACAGGCAGGCUAGCAUUGAGACAGAUCGAGUAUCCAAGGAAUUCAUAGAAUUUCUCAAGACAUAUCAUAAACCUGGACAAGAUAUCUAUAAACAGUGUAAAUUAUUUUUGGACACAAUGAAUCAUAAGAGGGAUUUAAGUAUUGAGGAGCAAUCUGAGUGUGCCCAAGACUUCUAUCAAAAUGUAGCAGAGAAGUUGCAGACACGUUGGAAAGUGCCCUCGGAAAAAGUUGAGAAAGCAAUGGAUCAGAUCGAAAAAUACAUUAUGACUCGACAGUAUAAAUACGUCUUUUGUCCUGAAACAACUGAUGAUGAGAAGAAGGAUCUUGCUGUCCAAAAGAGAAUCAGGGCUUUGCACUGGGUAACUCCACAAAUGUUGUGCGUUCCUGUUAACGAAGAAAUUCCAGAAGUCUCUGAUAUGGUUGUAAAAGCAAUUACAGAUAUUAUUGAAAUGGAUUCAAAACGUGUCCCUCGUGACAAAUUAGCAUGCAUCACUAAGUGCAGCAAGCACAUAUUUAAUGCUAUUAAAAUCACAAAAAAUGAACCAGCUUCUGCUGAUGAUUUCCUUCCAACACUUAUAUACAUUGUUUUGAAGGGAAACCCACCCCGCCUGCAGUCCAACAUCCAAUAUAUAACACGCUUCUGUAAUCCAAGCAGGUUAAUGACAGGAGAAGAUGGCUACUAUUUUACCAAUCUGUGCUGCGCUGUGGCCUUCAUUGAAAAGCUGGAUGCUCAGUCUCUAAAUCUGAGCCAAGAGGACUUUGAUCGUUAUAUGUCUGGUCAGACGUCGCCGAAGAAGCAAGAAUCUGACAACUGGUCGCCUGAUAUGUGCCUGGGUGUUAAGCAAAUGUAUAAAAACUUAGAUCUCCUAUCUCAGUUGAAUGAGAGACAGGAAAGAAUUGUCAGUGAAGCCAAGAAGCUUGAGAAAGACCUGAUAGAUUGGACGGAUGGAAUUACUAAGGAAGUCCAAGAUAUUGUUGAGAGAUAUCCGUUAGAAAUAAAACCAAAAAAUCAAGCCUUAGCAGCUAUUGACUCUGAAAAUGUGGAGAAUGACAAGCUGCCCCCACCACUGCAGCCUCAAGUUUAUGCAGGAUAAUUAUCAGUGUUAACUUUGAAAGGCAUCCUUAUCCUCACCUAGUACUAUCUGCUACUUGGAAAGGGAAGUAAAUUCAAGGGUAAAAGUCAAAUGAGCUUAAAUCAGUACAUUUUUAAAGGUACAUUUUUUGUUAAGUGUAAUAAAUUGUAUUUAUUUUAGUCAAAGUAGAUUUCUAUUAGGCUUUUGUGGGUUUUUGAAACUGAAUUUAAAUUUUCUACACAAACCAGUGUAAUUUUUAAGCAACACUAGUCCAUUGACAUCUUUUUCCUGAAAACUUCCUUCUAAGCAUGCACUUACAUGUUUUUAAUAAUUAGUUUAACUUAAAAAUUUCGAGUUCUGGCAGAAACUCGAAAGGUACCAAUGUUAGUCUGAAUUUAUUCUGUAGCUGUAAAGAUGAAAUAUAUAUUGUAAAAUAUGUAAAAUUGUAAAUAGGUUUAAAAUCUAACGUCUCAACUGUGCAUGACAUCUUGUCUCUUAGUGAAAAAGAUGUAGGAAAGUGUUCAUUAUAGCACCUUUCAUUUAAAUCAUUUUGCAGUAUGAAGGCAAGCACACUGUUAAUGUUUCAAUAAGCUAGGUGGUAAAACUGAUGAACUGCAAUCAGAGAGGAUAUUCUUGUAAUGAUUUGAAAACUUCACGUUCGUUGUCUUUAAAUUUACUCUUUAUAAAAAGAAAGCACUACCCGAAAUACGACAUUUCUUCGUAUAAACGUUCUCUCUUUGUCAGUCCACCUGACAGCCUGCAGUGGUGCACGUAAGCGCUGAUAUUGCUUCUUUUGAAGAGAAUGUUAAGCCAGGCUUCAGAAAUAAGAGGAAAUAUUUUUAAUAAAAUUGCAUAGUGUGGAACAAAAGGCAGGGGGGGAGAGGAAGUAGUGCAAGAGUUGGGUAAAAAGUGGCUUUUUUCCAUCAAUGGGCUGGGUCCUGAUUGCUUUUUUUGACAAUCCUGGUAGGUAAAUAAGUUCAUAUAAUUAGAGGCUGCUUUUUAGUAGAGCAUGAGCCAUUGCUCCAAGCAGAAGAGUGCACUUUAUUUUAAUGAAAAUGUCACUCUUACGAUCUUCAGUGACCUUGUUUAGCAAAGGAAGUUACCGUGCCAAGUAUUGAGCAUCAAGGUAAACGUGGCCUCGUGUCACUAAAACUUUAGUGCGGUGUAUCAUGUAUUUCGAGUUGAGGGUAAUGGCUCACUCUGCAGAAAGUAACCUCUUGCAAUAGAACUUUUUUAUGCCAGUGAAACAUUUUAUAUGUAACUUUAAAUCUCUUCCAAUUAAUCUAGUCUGCCAUAUCUUGUUUGUGUACCUGUGAUAUCUAACAUCUUCUACAAGUACUUGGCUUAAACAACUCUUAAGCGAUGUUAAAUCCCUGCCAUCAAGGAGGAAAGUACCUACCUCUCUUAUGUUCCACUGCUUUAAAAACACUGGUAUUUAAAUUUGCACUGCAAUAACUUCAGACCAAAACUGUGAUUUGUUCUUUUUUGUCGAGUGUAUUUAGUCUCAUGAACUAUGCAUUCCUAGUGUUUCAGAGAUACCUGGUUACCCAAAUUCCCCGAUGAAGUGAAGCAAUGAGUUAAUCAGGUGAUCACAGGAAAUUAAAUUUAAUAUAGCCACAUGGCACUGCUCCCAAACCGUUUAAGAUCUGACCCGUGCUUGUGGUAAAUGAUACUGCAAAGUCUUUAUUUUCUUUACAAACACUAGGUGCUAUUUCUGAUAUCCAGGUACACAGGUUUUCCUGAGAAAAACAAGCUUUUAGCUAUUGUAUAAAUUGCCAUGUAUAAAUAAAAUUGUGUAUGGUAUGUCCUUGUUAAUGAGUUCCUAAAAAUCUCAUUAUUGGGUUUUGUUAUGCUGUUAAUGAUUAAUAUGAACCUAAUUGUGACUGGUUCUGCAUUCACUGUGUGUUGGGAGAAAGAAAUCUUAGGCAUUGAAGCGAAAGCCUAGGUAACAGCGUUUCUUUUUCUUUUCAGAAAAGAUCAUUUUAGUGAUUUAAGUACUCAAGAAUGACCUGCUGGUGCAUUUGUUACUAAAGUAUCUCUAAUUCAUGUGCCAUCUUGUUGUCAAGCCACUAAAGUGGGCGCUUUUGCAAACAAAUCCCGAGAAUCCCCUGUAAGGCAGGUAAGAUGGAUUUCCAUACCCACUUAAAAGUUAGCAAGCGGGAGUAGAGUGGCUUGCUCAUAGCCAUAGCAUAGGCUGGGUAGAUACCCAAUCUGUGAGCAGCUCUUACGGGAAUUGCAUUCCAGUGUUUGGGUAACUAGGACUGCUUUAAGACCUUGUCAAUGUUUUAGUAGACAAAUGACUUGCCUGUAGGUCUAACAGUAAAUAGUUUUGUCUUGCUUGAAAGUAAGGUAGUUCAGUUGCCAUAGUAAUAACCUCCAAGUAUCUUACCAGUGUUUAAAAUUCAGAAUGAGCAAGUCAUUGUGCACAGAGAGCUGUGAGGUGCUGCUCGCCAAGCUGGGAAGAUGCCACGUCAGUUUUCGGCUAAACGUGACCUAAUUAACCCCUCUAGUAAGCAGUACCAGAUGGGAUUGGUGCUUGCUCUGGGUGCUUGGUACUGGGCAUCACUGUGCUGCAGAGAAGCUCUGGUCCCACAGACAGGAGUGAGAUAGGAACCCAAGGAACAAGAUGCAGUGAGAAACCUAGAUGAAGGGGAAAAGUUCCAAGUUAUUAUUGAGCCCUUUCUUUGGACGGUGCUAGAAUGGGAAUAGGAGCUGUGAAGUUGUUAGUGAACAGGAAGAGUUUAAUCAAAAUAGUAUCUUAAAGUGAAUUGGAAUAUAGGCUGUUGUGCUCUGGCACCAGUCACAGUAUCAGAAAUUCUCUGGUUUUCUCAACAGCCCACUAAUAAUUCAGUAUUGCUGAAAAUGAAACUGUGGAGCUCAUUACUAUUAACCAGAAUUUAAGUUGUAAAUUACUUCUUUGCAUGUUAACUACCUAUUUAUUUUGCUGUAGUAAAAAACCUAUUUUACAGUAAGUACUGAUUAAUUAAACUGUACAACCUCUUUGGUUUCACAUAACUGAACCAUGAAAUUAAAUUGAUUUUUCUACCCAGCAAUCAUCAGUGUCUA